CUUUACCGUUCGAUAUAAACCACCAAUUCCAAGCUUGAACCGGACGCCACUCAUCCAUCAUGUCGCCAUCCAGCGCCGCCAUUAUCCCCUUCGCUGCCGCCGCCGCCUACUUCCCGCCUAAACCCCCGAAUUCUCCACCACCUCCACCAUCGUAUUACUGCUCCUCCCCCGAACACAACCAACCAAUUUCCCGUAGGAGUUUUGCCGUUUUACUCUCAUCAAUCGUCACUGUCCCACUCCCUUAUGUCCUUCUGCCAACUCCUCCGGCCAACGCAAUCUCCUUCGGCAUCUCAGGACCAAAAGAAUGGCUGAGAGAGCAAAAGAAAAAAACUGCGAAAUUCCUGUUAGCACCUGUUGAUGCAUCGCGGAACAUACUUCAUUCUGCCUUCAUCUUACUUGUGAAAAAUGAUUCGGAAUUUGGUGGAAAUGAUUGGGAGGAUGUUCAAAAGUUGCUUAAAUCUGCAGCUAGGGAUUGUGUUCCUCAGGAUAGGAAUUCCUUUGUCGAGUUUCAAUCCAAUACCGGGGUUGAGGUUUGCACAUUCCGGUUGAUUGUGAAAAAUGCCGCUUCUUUGCUUGAUGAUAAAGAUCCUAUAAAGUUAGAAGCUGAAGCCAAGCUCAGUGAUCUCAUAAGGUGUGCUUGUAUUACUUCUGUUGUAUUACAUAUGGUAAAUAUACUUCGCUUGCAUUUUCUAACAUGCGCAUCUCUUAUCGAGAAAUCUGUUAACCACAUCCGUGCAAUAAUGUUUUGGUUUUCCUCAAAAUUGGAGAUCAUUUGCUGUUCUUAGCGGCGUGGCGAGAGAUACUGAUGUUCAAGUUGCUUCUAGCAGUAGACAAAGAAUCGCAGAUGCACUGGAGAACACAAUAUCUUCUCUGAACGACUUUGAGCAGGGUAUCAAGAACUGCCUCGAAGUUUGAUUGUUUUUGGCUCUUGAGCUAAAAACUUCCGCGAGAGACUACGUUCUUCCGAGGAUAAGAUGUAAACAAAUGAAUCAUGGGCAACAUGCCUGCUCUCUUCCUCCAUGGAUGAAUUUUGUCAUCCCAAUCAAUGAAUAGAACGAGAUUUAAGCAUGAAUCCCAUGACUGUUCUAGAUUCUUUUUUGUAUUUUAUGUUAAUUUAGGUUUUGAGCUGCUAAUUCAACAUCAACAAUUUCUUUUUUCGCAUAUAUAAUCGUUAUGUUUUACCUGGGUUAUUGUAUUCAACCUCUUAUAAAGAAAAGAUCGCCCAAGCCCCUGUGGGUUGUAUAUAAAGAGAUGCAAAUAGAUAUUUCUUA